AUGGAUUACGAUGAGUUCAGUAACGACAACAACCCGUUUGCUGGCUCAAACCAUUUCUAUUCCAAUGGAAUAAGCAGCAAUGACCCUUCUGACCUUCUGGACAGCGGAACCAGCUUGGGGGUGCAAUCUGUCGAUAGCGAGCCUCUCCCUAUAAUCACAAACCAAUCUGUCACAAUUAGCAAUUACGAGCUUUUACGAGACUUUAAAAACGUCACCACUGUUUUUUACCGAAUAGAAUACAUGUCCAAAAGCACAUUGCGCCGGUACUCUGAUUUUGUGUCGUUGCGGUCGUACCUGAUACGGUUCUUCCAGACUAAAGUGUUACCACCUGUACCCGAGAAACACUCGUUAGGACGAUUGUUGAAGAACCCGUUUUCGUACAAAUCAGACACAAAGAUCAUCUACAGAAGAAUACGGCUGUUGCAGUACUUUCUGGAUGAAUUGGUUGCCGACCCAGACAUAAAGCAAUCGGAGGUUCUGUUGAAGUUUUUGGAUCCUUCACAAAAAAAUUGGCACCAAGCAAUCAAGUCGGGCCCCUUGAGCAACGUAUCUUCGAAAUCGAUUCUGCUCACGUCGCCAAGAAACCCGUUGAUUCCCAACCCGUACCUGAUUUACUUACCAAUUCCGCCGCUUGGAUUGGUCAAGAAGUACGACUCUAAACUCAACUCUAGCAUUUUUGUUCCUCUAGAAGCCAAAGUCAAGAUUCUGCUCGAACGGGUUCAGGCACUCGAACAAACAAGCAAGAAGAUCGUCAAGGAUUUGGAAAAGAACAGGAUAGCCUUGAUCGAGCUCGGCAGUAUUUUUAACAUAUUCAGCAUUCUGGAAAACCAGGAUAGAAACAUCGAGGAGUUUGGUAACAGGGUCGACCUGUCAUUCUUGAACAUUGAGGUGCUGAUCAAGUCCAUAACUGUGAAGAUGUUUGAGCCAUUCAUCAUCCUGAGACAGACGUUGGUAGCCAUGGUGCAUCUGCUGAACUACCGCAAGCUGAAGGAGCUACAACUUUCGUAUCUUCGAGACAUAAUUCUUCGCAAACAGGUUCGUCUCAAGAGCUUGAUGGAGCGGGUGGUGUCCGAGUCGAAGCUGAGCCAGAUUUUGGAGAACAGCGUGGUGGACUCUCCCAGCUUGAAUAAGGCCAUCAACGAGCUGAAACUCAGAAAGCAGAAGCAAAACUUGUUGAGCGAGUCGUCCUUGAUCAUCAUCAACAAACAACUGCAAGCUGAGGACGACGACGAAAGUUUCAUACGCGACCACAACCAAGACACGCCGAUCAACAACGGGCAUGCAGGUAAUUGGAAGACGGCCAUUGCCGGGACGUCUUCGUCUGCGUCGUCUAACAAGAUCCACACCAUGAGCGCAUCGAGCCAUAAGUCUGUGUCCAAGCUGUCUGCAGACGAGCUGGCUUCGGAGAUAUCCAAGAUCCGACUCGAGCUGAACGAGAAACUGAUUCCGUGCUACACAAACCUGAUAGAGGAUGUCAAGUUUGUGAGUAUCGAUAUUGAGCGAAACAUCAAUAAACAAUUGGGGGUUACAAUACAGAGGAUAUGUCAAGUAAUGAACGACUGGAAGACGGUUGUGUAUGGCGACUUUGUCCAGAGCUGUUUAGGGAUAUGGAGCCAGAAUCAUUCUCUUACAUAA